CUUUCGCAGACAACACGUAGGCUACGUCUGUAACUUUGUAGGUUAUCAGAGUAUCGUCAGUGUUGAGUUCUUCUGUGACUCUUGGAUGUGUGUCAGAUGUCCGGGUUUCAGGAUCUUAAAGAUUUGUUCAGACGGCGGCUGCUCGCUGCGGUUAUCAGAGAUAUAUCAGAAACAACAACAUGUGGAUACGAAGAGGAGCUCCACCGACAAAGAAAAGUGCUGGAUGUGAUUUUAAUACCUGAAAUCAAGCUGCAGAGAGCAGAUGUCCAGCAGCUGUUGGUGAGUAAAGAAGAGCUUCCACCUGAGCAGCAGGAGUGUAGCCACAUUCUGGACCAGGAGGACACUAAGCCCCAACACAUUAAAGAAGAACAUGAGGAACUGUGGAUCAGUCAGGAGGAAGAACAGCUUCAAGGACUGGAGGAGGCUGAUACCACCAAGUUCCCCUUCACUCCUGUCUCUGUGAAGAGUGAAGAUGAUGAAGAGAAACCUCAGUCCUCACAGCUUCAUCAGAGACAAACUGAACAGAUGGAAACAGGAGUUGAUGGAGAGGACUGUGGAGGCGCAGAACCAGAGAGGUACUCAGAUCCAGAGAGAGGUUUACAACCAGAGACUGAGGUCGAGACUAAAGACUCUGAUGAACCUGAGACUGAUGACAGUGAUGAUUGGCAAGAGACAAGAGAAGAUCUGUCAGAAUUAAACUUGAAAAAUAAGAAACUAAAAACUGGUAAGAGACCACAUAGCUGCUCGGACUGCGGUAAAAUAUUUAACCGAAAAGAGCAUCUGACCAAACACAUGUUAGUUCAUACAGGAGAGAAACCCUUCAGCUGCUCUGAGUGUGAGAAAAGAUUUAACCAACAACAGCAUCUGAUCAGACACAUGCUAGUUCAUACUAGAGAGAAGCCCUUCAGCUGCUCUCAGUGUGAGAAAAGAUUUACCAGUAAGUCUAAUUUGACAUAUCACAUGGCAAUUCACAGAGGAGAGAAACCCAUCAGCUGCCUUGAGUGCGGUAAAAGAUUUAACCGGAAAAUAUAUCUGACCACACACAUGUUAGUUCACACAGGAGAGAAACCCUUCAGCUGCUCUAAUUGUGGUAAAAGGUUUAGUUCUGAGGGAAAAUUGACCAGUCACAUGAUGAUUCACACUGGAGACAAAUCUUACAGCUGCUGUCAGUGUGAGAAAAGGUAUACCCAUAAGGUCAGUCUGAUUUAUCACAUGGCAACUCAUACAGGAGAGAAACCCUUCAGCUGCUCUGCUUGCAGUAAAGCAUUUCAGCAAAAAGGAGACCUAACCCGACACAUGUUUGUUCACACAGGAGAGAAACCCUUCAGUUGCUCUACUUGCAAUUCAAGCUUUACCCAAAGAGGAAGUCUGGCCACACACAUGUUAGUUCAUACAGGAGAGAACCCCUUCAGCUGCUCUGAGUGUGGUAAAAGGUUUCGUUAUAAGGGACAUCUGACGAGACACAUGAUACUUCACACUCGAGAGAAAUGCUAAUUCUGUGCAAUGGUAAAACUGAUCCAAAGGAAUCCAAGUUAACAACAUCAGUAAUGUGUAUAUAUUGGCUAACAGAUGUAUAACUGCUGUUAUGAAGGGAUAUAAGACAAUUCUAUUUCCAGAAAUUGCUCUAUACUUUUUUGACAUUGAUGUUUUGUUGCUGACAUAUGAACCAGUAAGUUGGGAGCAGCUAUGACGUUUGAAUGUA